CUUACCUCCAAAGUACUCAUAAUUCAAAAGACACAGCAACCACUCUCUCCCAUUAUAGAAAACAACCCCACUGUUCUACACAAGCACAAUAUCAGAUUUGCCAUCGGACUUUUCCACUGCAGACUCCAGACUCUUUCCAGUUCUCUGAUGCAUUUUCCCUCUCAGGCCGAGACAAAUCGACCACGGCCCAAUCCGGUUAGCGUAUCCGUUUUGCCCCUCGAGGGAAAAGAAGGAAAAUUGGAAGGGAAAAAAAGCCAGCGAGAAAAAAAAAAACGACCCCACCAAAGUUGGAGGGAAAACAGCGCCACUAAAAGCAAUAUUAAUCUUCAACUCUUCCCCUCUUUUUCUCCUCUUCCUUUUCCCUUCCUUUCUUUUCCAGCCCCGUCUCUUUUUACCUUCAUUCCCAUCUCUUUUCAUCUUCACCCGCCUCACCAGCCAAAAUGAUUAUCUUUGAGGACAUUAUCUCCGGCGACGAGAUGGUCGCCGACACCUUCAACCUGAAGGUCGUCGACGGCGUUCUCUUCGAGUGCGACUGCCGCAAGUACAUGAAGAGCACCAACGAGGACUUCCAGCUCGAGGGUGCCAACCCCUCCGCUGAGGGUGGUGAUGAGGAUGAGGGUGGUGAGGGUGAGAAGGUCAUGGUCCACGACAUCGAGGACCAGUUCCGUCUCGUCUGGCUCAAGACCGAGGAGGGCCUCAAGCCCUCCAAGGAUGCCUUCAAGUCUCACCUCAAGAGCUACAUGAAGAAGGUCCUCACCAAGCUCCAGGAGACCGGUGCCAGCGAGGAGACCAUCAACGAGUUCAAGAAGGGUGCCCCCGGUGCCGUCAAGAAGAUCCUGGCCAACUACGACAACUACGAUGUCCUCAUGGGUCAGUCCAUGGACGGUGAUGCUAUGCACGUCCUCAUUGACUUCCGUGAAGACGGUGUCACCCCCUACGCCACCCUCUGGAAGCACGGUCUCCGCGAGGUCAAGGUCUAAGGGAAAAUUACAAGUCAGCCUUUUCAAAUAAAAAGAUUAAUUAUACCCCUCUUGAACGUCUCCCGCUCAAACCCCCACAUCCUCAACCUCAACCUUGUUGUGCGAAGAAUGUUGUCAUGAAUCAAGAAAAUCCUUGGUUAAAAUAGCAAACAACCGUUUGUUGCUCUUUAGACCAAAAGUCACGCCUCAUGAAUUCCAUAACUUUUUCUCAAGCGUUCCCCCUAUCUUCAUCUUCUAUCAAUCUUUCUAGAUUUCCAGUAAAUGGUACUUUGGGUAUACAUAAGAAUUCACCGACUGAAAGUAAAACUACACCCUAAAAAGUCAAAUGCACAUUCUACAUUACCAACCGUGCAC